AUGUGUCGCCCACACGUCGCACAGUGUCGCCGGGAGCGCGAGCCACAUCGCACCGCGAGGGUAUCUUGCGUGCUGCUCCUGCUGGCGCUCGUUUCAGCCUGUCCGCAGAAUGCGGCGUCUAUCGCGGCCAGCAUGCCACCUGGCGCCGCCACCCCAAUGGAGCAGCAAGCAGAGCACGCAGCGCCACUGGCGUUCUGGGAGGCGAUGGGGCUGUGGCGAGCGGGGCGAUGCGCUGUUAGCGUUCUGGGAGGCGAUGGGGCGCAGCGAGGGGCUGAGGGCGAGAGGGUGGGCGCCUAUCCUUCUCCUCCCUUCCCUUACACCGCCUGUCCCUGCACCCCCCUUCCUUCUCCCCGCCCCCGCACAGGCGCAGCGCUGCUGGCGUUUUGGGAGGCGACGAGGCAAAGAGCGGCGCUGCUGGCGUUCUGGGAGGCGAUGGGGCGCAGCAAGGGGCUGCGGGCGAGCGGGUGGGGCAACACGUCGCUCCCGUGUGACCCGCGCAGGCCGCCGUGGGGGGGCGUGCACUGCAGCCCCACAGGCCACGUGGACGGCAUCGAGCUGCCAUACAAGGGACCGGAGUCACCGCAGGGGAAGGAGCUGCAGGGGCAGGUGCCGUGGGCGGGCAUGACAGCCCUCUCACGCCUCACAAUGCUCGACCUCAGCUUCAACCAGGCCUCGGGACCUCCUGUCACCCCUGCUGUUGCCGCCUUCACUGCCCUGCAAACCCUCCAGCUGCAGUACAACAAGCUCACCGGCCCCGUCCCUGCUGUAAUCGGCUCCCUGCCCGCGCUGCAGAUUCUCGAGCUGGGCUACAAUCAACUCUCAGGCCCGCUGCCUUCCACCCUCGGCCUGCUGCCCUCUCUGCAAGCACUGUACGUGCUGCCACACACCUGCCACUGCAAGCACUUUACGAAUGAAAGGAAAUGUAAUCUGCACAUCCCUCCGCCUCUCUCCCUCUGUCCCUUUCCCCUUCUCAUCACCUCCACCUUCUCAUCACCUCCACCUUCUCAUCACCUCCACCUUCUCAUCACCUCCACCUUCCUAUCACCUCCACAGGACCUCGACUUACCCAUAUGGUUCCCCACCGGCCUCUCUCCCGCACCUCUUCUAGCCUCUUCCCCCAAUUCAACCUUCUCCCACUCCCCCAUCCCUCUCCUUCCACCCCCUCAUCCCUUCCUUCCCCUCCUCAUUCCUUACAGCCGCAUCUCCUUCAGCAACAUCACGGGGUCCCUGCCCGCCUCUCUCCUGCGCGCCUUUUCUUGCCUCUCUUCCCCAUUCAACUCCCACUCCCCCAUCCCUCUCUCCUCACCUCCUUAUCUCUGCCCCCUCCUCCCUUCCCUCCUCCCCAUCCCUUACAGCCGCAUCCCAUUCAGCAACAUCACGGGGUCCCUGCCGGCCUCGCUCUCGCGCCUCUCAGCGCUGAGCUCACUGCGCCUCACACAGAACCUUCUCGCUGGCCCCCUCCCCGCCAACCUCUCAGCACUCACCGCACUAACUGAGCUGCAGCUGGAGGAGCUUCCCUCCCUACCCCCUCCUUGGUCCCCCUCUCCUUUCCCCCUGCCCACCCUUGCCUCCCCUGCCUUGUGGCACGCUCCUAGCCUCAUGGGGCAAACUCCUGUCGCCCCAGCACCUGGUGCUUCCUCCGCCCCUUUGACCUCCAUCUCCGACCCGCCCCCUUCCCCACGCUACACCCUCCCUGCCCCUCACCCCCCUCUCCCCCACCAGCGAGGUGUCGGCAAAUGCUCUCAGCUCAGCGGCACGCUGCCAGCCUCAUGGAGCAAACCCGCCAAGGUGUCGGUGAAUUCUCUCAGCGGCUCGCUGCCAGCCUCGUGGAGCAAGCUCUCGGCGCUCAGGCAGCUGGCGGCUUCCAGCAACAACAUCACAGGGCCCUUCCCCGCCUUCCUGCUCUCGCUACCGAGUAUUGAGGAGAUGCAGCUGGCAGCCACCAGCAACAACAUCACAGUGCCCUUCCCCUCCUUCCUGCUCUCACUGCCCAACAUAGAGGAGAUGUAG